AGAAAAAACUACGACCUAAAACACACCCAAAGUGGCCAUGCAACAACCCCGCAGGAGCGGGAGCCCCUUUCAGGGCCUCAAACAGCCCACUGACUGGGCUCUCGAACAGCCCCCAGGGACGGCCGCGGCCAAUCCGCCGUCCUUCGGCCUGACGACAGGAAAGGCGACAUUAUGCGGCAGGUGAACGUGAGAGGGUGGUUGCAGGACUUACCUGACGCUCGGAGACGGUGCUCAAAGGACCAAUGGCUACGUUAGAUGACAAGCUUUUGGGGGAGAAGACCCACUACUACUGUAGCAGCAGUGAAGACGAGGAAGAUAACAGCAAUAGCUCGGACAAUGAAAAGGGCCAUGACCACAUUGGCGGUCAGAUGAUUAAAUCGUCUGCACAGCUGUCGCAAAGCGCUGCGCCCUGGGAAGGCACCUCGACCAACACAGGUCCCAAGGGUGUCAUCAAGGAUUGGCAACGUUUCAAGCAACUUGAGGCAGAGAAAGCAGCUGAAAAGGAGCAGGAGCGGCUUGCCCUCUUUAAAAAGCUCUCGCUGACUUGCAGAUCGACGCUUGACGAAGAGAAAGAAAAGCAGAAGGAAGAAGAAGAAGACGAGGAAUUGUUCCUGGAGGAUGCGUUCUUGCAGCAAUACAUGCAAAAGCGCAUGGCCGAGAUGAUUGCCCACUCAGCCUCUCUUCCUGUUUUUGGAAAAGUUGUGCCCAUCAAGGACUGCAUCCAACUGCUUUCUGAAAUCGAAGACGAGAACAAAGGAGUAACGGUGAUAAUUCACGUGUACGAAGAAAACGUGGAGGGUUGUGAGGCGAUGCAUGGUUGCAUCAUGUGCCUCAGUCAACAGUAUCCCCGGGUCAAGUUCUGCCAGGUGAGCAGUCGGGUUGCCGGUCUGAGUGAGCAAUUCCAGGUCAGCGGUGUGCCUGCCUUGCUUGUGUACAAAGCGGGCCAACUGAUUGGCAAUUUUAUUCGAAUGACUGACGAAUUUGGCGAUGACUUUUUCGCAAGUGACGUGGAAAGCUUUUUGGUUCAGCAUGGACUUUUGCCAGAUCAGAGCUGUGUUCCACAAAUCAUCAAAAGUGGAGAGGAUGAUGACGACAGUGAUUAAUUAGGUAUUCAUAAGUGCGUGUUUUGCUAUUCAAUCAAACCUUUUGAUAACUGAAACUAGCUUAAUUAGUGUUCGGUCUGUUAGUUGAAUUUGCCAGAGUGCUAAUACCGAUUUCAUGUAAUGAUCAUGUUUUGCAUUUGUAUUUAUGGGGCCAAAUGAUUUUUUUAGUUUAUGUUGUUCGACCUUCAAGUAUUUAAGAAAGAUAUCUUGAAUCUCUACAGGGUACUUAAAGUUUACCACGCAGUUGUUUCCGUGUUUAUAAAAAUCUGACAACAAUUAUUUGAGCUGGUGUGUACUAUUUAAUAAAUUAACUACUUCAUCGAAACACUUAAA